AUGGGCCCUAUCUCCAAUGGCACCCGUACUCACGGGGAAGAGGAUGAGGUCUGUCCUGUCUGCAAAUCCUCCCGCUAUUUGAAUCCGGACAUGAGAUUCCUCAUAAACCCAGAAUGCUACCACAAGAUGUGCGAAUCGUGCGUGGAUCGAAUAUUCUCUUCUGGACCUGCGCCUUGCCCCGUGGCUGGCUGUCACAAGACUCUCCGCAAAAACCGAUUUCGAAAACAGACUUUUGAAGAUAUUGGUGUCGAGAGGGAGGUUGAUAUCAGGAAGAGGGUAAUGGGGAUCUUAAAUCGUCGUGAAGAAGAGUUUGAUGGUAAACGGGCCUGGGAUGACUUUCUGGAACAGCGUGAAGAAAUGAUUGCGAACCUCGUUUACGGCACAGAUGUUGCCAAAACAGAAGCCCAGCUGGCCGAAUACUCGGCCGCAAACGCCGCUUCAAUCCGCCGCAAUAAAUCCCUCGAAUCGCAAGAGUCCGCGUCCUUCCUUGAGCAGCAGACCCUGGAGCAGGAAGCGCUCCGCCAGCGCCGCGAGGCAGCAAGGCAGGACUACGACAACGAACGACGCGCAAAACUCGCCGACCGCGAAGAAAUCAUCUCUCGUCUCGCCACCGGCAACGCCCAGGACGCUGAAGCCAUCGCCCGUGCGGCGAAACGAGCUGGCCAGCUCAAGAAAUCAUCCGCCAGGCGCAGUGAGGAGGAUCGGCUUAAGCGCAAGCGGGCGGCUUUGCUUGCGGAUUCCAAAAUAUCAAGUGGGGCACUGCCACUUGAGACGGCUGAAGCAAGGGCUGGCGAAGGUGCAGGUCUCAUUAAGGGCCUGAAAAGGAUCAAGACCCCCGAACCCGAGAAGCCAUACGACCCUUUCAUGGGCGGCUUGUCCCUUUUUGAACACGAUUACUACACGCUUCUCGACUAUUACCCGUCUCCCUAUCUUGACUCGAUGCGGGAAGAUACUCGUAUUUUAGCUGGGGGUUAUGAUUUGAAGGAAUACUACUCCAGGUCGCUUUUUGAAGCAUUUUCCGGUCUUGGGUGUUUUAUUCAACAAGAGAUUCGGGCUAGAGAUGCUGCUUCUACUUCUAUCCCAAUAUCUUAA